GUUGGUUCAGGAGGAAGGCGAUGGUGAAGUUAACGAGAAGCACUUGAACGCAACAUUGACCUUCCACGUAAAUUAACGGUCGCAACGCGCAAAAAACCACGAAGAAGAAGAAGUAGAAGAAGAAGAACACGAACGACGUCAAAACGCGCGUGGCGGGCGUCACGCGGGCCCUCUGAACCAGACUGACGCUAACGGACAAGUUGUUAGCCUAGCUGCUAGCUACAGGCGGGUAUUUUUUAAAGCAGUUUCUGUGCCGUUCAGUGGUGACCGACACACCUUCAUGGAUUUGGACAACGCCAAGUUGUUGCAUUUCUUCAGGGGGAAAUUCAUCAAACUGACCCUGAAGUCCUCCUCGUACUUCGGCGUCGUCCAACGGAUCAAUCACAACAAAACGCUGGUUUUGGGGGACGUUGUUGGUGCCAGUAACGGCUGUCAGAUUCCUGGAUUCAAGCUGUUCUUCGGUCAUGAGAUUAUCAAUGUGGAAUUUCCCAGUGAGGCAAACACUGACAGCGGAAACAUCGAACAUCACAGACUGGAAGAGCAUUUGAGUUUGGAAACGUUCCAGCCGUGCAUGAAGACACUCCCAUUCGAUGACGAUGAAGACAACGAGGACUACGUCAACUUCAUAGUCAUCGAUGAGUUUUAUGAGAAGUUUGGGUCUGCUGUGAUGCACAUCAAGAAGCAGCAUGUGAUCGGCGUGGGCGCUGAUGGAGUCGAGUUAUUUAAGCACGACAGACUGUGUUGGCUGCAGAUUGCCACUAAAACGAAGGUUUACCUGUUUGAUAUCAUGAUACUUGGAGAUCGGGCCUUUAAGAACGGCCUUUCUAUGAUCCUGCAAAGUAAGCACAUACUGAAGGUCAUCCAUGACUGCAGAGCCAUCGCUGGAUGUCUGAGUGUUCAGUUUGGAGUGAAGCUGGCCAACGUCUUCGAUACGCAGGUUGCGGAUGUCAUGGGCUUCUCCUCUAAGACGGGAGGUCUACUUCCCGACAGGGUCAGUACUCUGCAGGAGGUGGUUAGUCUCCAUCUGAAGGUGCCCCCGUCUCAACUCUCAUCCCUUCAGAUAAAGUCCCAGCUCACCAAGGAAGAAAGGGAGAUGUUGUACAAGCGGCCGUGUCCUAUGCCCCUGCUUAAGGUGAUGGCUCUGUCGGUGAUCCACCUCCUCCCUCUCAGACUGGUGCUGCUGGAUUCUCUCAUGAUAGACUACGUGGCCCUGGUGGAUUCAUACCUCAACAGCGGCUACUAUGAACCUGAUGAAUUGCAGCAUGUCGGCAUGGAGAGCGUGUUUGAGCUGCCCAGAGAGCUCAAACAGCUGGAGAAAAUGCGACAGGAGUGGGCUGUCGACCACUACCCUGUCACCGAGCGAGGCCUGCUGGAUCGCUUCAACCCCCGGUCUCCGUCCCAGACUUUACCCGCCAACGGCCACCAACGCCUGACUGUGGAGUCGCCUUCGCCCGCGAUCCCUCCCCUCCCGACGCCGAGCCCUCCGAGAGCCAGCGAUGGGUUUUCUGUGGAUGUUGAAUCGGCAGAUCCGGCUCCAGUCCCACUCGACUCAUCGGACCUCAGGGAUCACAUGCCCGUUAACGCCCCCGUGUCUCUUGGUGCAGGUGGAGGGAACGCUGAGGUACUGAUGGACAUAACAGGUGGAGGAAGUCCUUUUGGAAGAAGGCACGCGGCCCCCCCGCCGCCCUGUGCCUUCGGAAGAGGGUUCCUUCUCCCGGUGUCACAAGAUCAGAAACCCACCCAGAAAAUGGGGGGCGUAACGACUCCUGGUAGGAUGGGGGCGGCUCCUUUUAGGCAUAAAGUGAUGCUCGAGCUGACCUGCCGAAGGACGCCUGAGUCCAUCUCAUCCUCACUUUUCAGCUGUUGAAGUUAUACGGUCACAGUAUUACAGAUGUUAUAUUGUUUAAAUACACAGCCUCCUUUUUGUGCUAAUAAGAAGUAGCAUCACCGACAUAAUGCAUGUCAUUGGUUCAUUUGGAAGAUAACGGUGUGUUACAGAUGUUAUAUUGUUUAUUACUAGAAGUGUCCAGCAGAUGGCAGUACACGUUGUGUUUUGUGCUGAGCUUUGUUUAAAACCUGCCAGCGUUGUGAGGUUCGAUUUAUUUAUUGUUUGUCCUUCUAAUUGUGCCUCCUGAUAUACUAUAAAUCUAGUAAAUAGUAUCUUGAGAGCAAAAAACAUAGUUUGGACCUUGCAUGCUCGUAUAUCUGUGUUCAUCACUAAACAUGUUCCUUUUUA